GAAGGUAAAAAUAAUUUGUUUUGUCUCACAGUUUAACUUCAGUCUAUAGUACAUUGAACACAAUGUUCUUCAAGUUCUCUAUUUUGUGUUUAUACUGUAUCGUAAUUGCUAAUUGUGUACUGGGAGAACCCGAGGAUGAAAAUGAAACUCUGAAAAAUUCGUACGAUGAUUGCAGAAGAUGGUUGGGCAAAUCUCUGAGUAGUACUAUUACAAUUGACGAUUUUAUGGUGUAUAUGGGGAAAAAAAAAAUUGAUAUUAAUAUCAUAAGAGAUUACUUCCAGGACAAUAAAGAGGACUUGGCAAAACAAAAUGCUAUAAAUUUAGUUCUAUAUGGAACACUUUUUAAACACCUAUGCAACAAAAAAGACUUUGAUGUAAAACUCUUUGCAGAAUUUAGAAAAGUUAAAUCGGAAACAAUGAAAUAUAAUGAGGCUAAAGCGUUAAAAUGGGCGGAUGGCGAUUAGUCGGUCAAAGAUUUUAUAAUCUUAUAAGAACAUGUUAAAAAACAAUUAAAAAUGUAAUAAAUAAAAUGUAAUUGUACGACACCAUUAAAUUCGUUUAUUUUUUAAGUAAA